CAACGCGCAUCGCAUCUACAACAGUCAGUACGUCUUACAAGUCCCUAUUAGCUUCUACUCACAGCAUACAGAGCUCUUUAAACACCUUCCAACACCAUCCAACUAUACAUCAUCAUGUCUGGCGCAAACGCUAUCGUCCUCUACCCUCGCAAGGAAGGCUCCACUUUUGACAAGGAGUACUACCUCAAGACACACAUGCCUCUCGCCAUGAAGCACUGGGGAGACCACGGUCUUAAGUCCUACGCCGUCAGCGAGCUCAACACCGAUGGCCCAUACGCUAUUAGCACCGUUAUGGAGUUUGAUAGCGUGGAGAGUGUCGGAAAAGCCUUGCAGAGCACAGGAACCAAGGAGGUCAUGGACGACGUAAAGAACUUCAGCAGCGAGGCACCGAUCUUCAUUCACGGCAAUGUCGUUGGACGGAGUUAAGCUUGGAACCAAAUGGAAGAAAGGUUGGCCGAGGAUCGUGAGCGAUGCAUACUAUGACGAGCCUCAUGCAGGGUGUGGUGUGGAGACGGAGGUGGGAUGAGGUUAGCGGCGUGAAAGCUGCAUGGAGGGGUAGCUUCCUCGUUUGGGAUGCCCCGCACUUCGUCCUUCCGAGGUAUCUUGCAUCAAUCCAAGGAGACAUACGCCAUCUUGCAAAUAUCAUCACAUAUUCCAAUCAAUCAGACAAUCGAAAUAUUAAACUCGUAAUGUCAAC